GGCUAAAUUCCACGCUGCACCAUUCGAGCACCAUUCGAGCAGCAGGUUCCCUCCCAAAUGUCAAAUGUGGAAUCAAAACAAAGCUAACCAACUUUAUGGCGAGCUCUAUUUCAGGUGGUAAAUAAUAAUACAAUAAUGAAAUGUUGAGGGAAAGCGAGCAUUGUUGUAAGGGCGAAUAUAAUCAGCACUAAAAAAACCAAGGGUUCUUUGAACGUGACUUCGGGAAGUCCCUGCAAGAACAGAGCAACAACAGCAUUUUGGACCAUUAAUUGCAGUUGGCACACAAUGAGUGGUACUAAGAGUGUUCCGGUUGGUACAGUGAUACCGCCACCCCUUGUUCCUUUGCCUAGUUGCCACGAGCGCGCUAAACAGGUACAGACACGCCUGCUCAACGAUAUUCCCUUCCCAACUGCCGGCUUUGCUUGGGCACCAAAUUUGGAAACCAUAGCACAACCAUUAUUGACGAGCCGCUAGCCACCAUAAUGAGGAAUGUUUUUCCAUUUCCGGUAACGAACCAAAUAGGCCUACCGAUGAAUGUAUGCAGCGCAUCAAGCGGAACAAUGGAUGAAGCCAAUUCUAACAGUGAUACAGAACUGCAAGUAGAAGACAUUUUGCGCGAUGGCAAAGAUGGUCCAUCGUGUACAAGUGUAGAAGAAAGUGUAGAACAACCUCAGGAUCCAAAUUUCAAAGAUCAGCUGAAGAAACGUAAUCUCAAAGCACCGAUGCGCUUUGUUCGAUUCAAUUCGGGUGCAACUUGCUGCAAGCUCGAUAUCAAACAAAUUACCAGCGCACCAGAGAUAACAGAGCUCAACCAGAGACUGGGAGACGAAGAGUACAUGAAGCAGAUCAUCAGUUACAUACAGUUUGAAACUGGAGAAUCAAGGCCAGAUCUGCUGAUGAAAAAAACGCUUGACAUUUUGUUUGAUAAACAUUUCUUUACCGGCGUAAGUUGGUUGGGAAGAAAUGGUAAAAUAGCUUUAGAACCUAAUUUAAACAUUCUUGAACUGUUUAAAAGGUUAGGUGCGUCAAAAGGUGUAAACGCAUCGUCAGAACAAAUAAAAAGGUUUUUUAUUAUUAAAUUUCGGAACGCAAAGCGACGACUGACUUCAACGACAGUCAGCAGUGCGUCGGCGGCGGAAGCCAUGGAACAUGAAACAGGGAAUCGUAGUGAUUGAUGGGAAGAGUAAAUAAAAGCAAUAAAAUCAUAUAAAUGUGAAAAAGCCGUGAA